AUGGAUGAGAGCAUAGGGCGACACCCCCGCCCGCCUCCCCUCCCCUCCUCCCCCUCCCCUCCCCUCCCCUCCCCUCGGCGGCCCGGCCCGGCCCCCCCGCGGCGGGGCGGGCGGGCGGCUCCGAGCGCGCCUCCACUCCGCCGCGCCGAGACAGCGAGCGGGCGGGCGGGCGGCAGCUCUCGCCGGGCGCCGGAGCCCACGGGAGCCGGAGGGCGCGGGCCGGGGCCGGGGCCGCGGCGGCGGCGGCGGCGGGGCCCGGCGGCGGCGGGAUCGCGGCGAGUUGGCGGCGGCCCGAGCUCGCCGGAAAGUUGGUGCCGGCUGAGCCGGAGGCGCCAGCUCGCCAUGCAGAGACCCGGCGGCCAGGGGACCGCCUUCUCCAUCGACUCGCUCAUCGGGACGCCGCCGCCGCGCUCCGGGCACCUGCUCUACACCGGGUACCCCAUGUUCAUGCCGUACCGGCCGCUGGUGCUCCCGCAGGCGCUGUCCCACGCCCCGCUGCAGUCGGGGCUGCCGCCGCUGGCCCCGCUCGCUUCUUUCGCCGGCCGCCUCACCAACACCUUCUGCGCCAGCCUGGGCCAGGCCGUGCCCUCCAUGGUGGCGCUCACCACAGCCCUGCCCAGUUUCUCCGAGCCCCCCGACGGCUUCUACCCGCCGCAGGAGCUGCCCCCGCCGCGCGCCGCCCCCGACGCCGGAUGCCGGCGCGGCGCCGACGGGCUGGAGGCGGAGGAGCUGCCCCCGGGCCGCGACAAGGGCCCGCCCGAGCCUCCGCUGCACUUCCCGGACCCCUUCCCUGGCCUGGCAGAAGGGAAGGCGUACAGCUCAGACGAGGAGAAGCUGGAGGUGAAGUCGGCGGCGACGCCGUGCAGCGAGCGGGAGGAGGAGAGCUCGGCGGGCGAGAGCGAGGAGGAGCCCUUCCUGGACGGGGCGGCCGCCGGCACCGCGCUGGGAGCCAAGGGCAAGGGCAAGGGCGGCCCCGCCGCCGAGCAGCCCCCGCCGGGCUCCGGGGCCGGGAAGAGCCGCCGGCGCCGCACGGCCUUCACCAGCGAGCAGCUGCUGGAGCUGGAGAAGGAGUUCCACUGCAAGAAGUACCUGAGCCUGACGGAGCGCUCGCAGAUCGCACAUGCCCUGAAGCUCAGCGAGGUGCAGGUGAAGAUCUGGUUCCAGAACCGCCGCGCCAAGUGGAAACGCAUCAAGGCUGGCAAUGUCAGCAACCGCUCCGGAGAGCCCGUCCGCAACCCCAAGAUCGUGGUGCCCAUCCCGGUGCACGUCAAUCGCUUCGCCGUGCGCAGCCAGCACCAGCAGAUCGAGCAGGGCGCCCGGCCCUGA